AUGGCCGUGAGUGUCAGCAUGCGAUCGCUGGCCCCUGCGCCGCUCCUGCCUUCGCCCUCGCCCGCGCCCGUCGCGCGGGCGCCCGCGAUCCGACCCUUGGCCGUAGCGGGGCCGUCAUCAUCAUCACCGUCGUCGUCUGCCAACCGCGUCGUUCGUCCGGCAAACGGUCAAGUCCAGGUCCAGGUUCAGACCCAGGCCCACUAUGAAUCAUCGUCGUCCGCAUCGUCGUCAUCGCAGUCGCAGUCACCACCACCGCCGCCACCGACACCGCAAGCGAGGCCGUCGAGCUCCGGGAACCAGUCUCGCGCGGUGCGAUCCCUGAGCACAUCGUCGUCGUCAAAUGGCACGAGUCAGACACAGACGCUGACAGCCAGCAAGGCCGACGAGGAUAAAAAAGUGCAGCCGAGCAAGCAGUGGGUGCUGCCUGCGCGGGCCAAGCCGGGCCGCAAGCCGAGCGAGGAGGAGCCGCCGACGAAGCGCAAGGCGCAGAACCGGGCGUCGCAGCGCGCCUUUCGCGAGCGCAAGCAGUCCUACCUCGCCUCGCUCGAGGAGAAAGUGGCCGAGUACGAGCGCAGGCAGACGGACGGUUCCGUCGAGCUGCAGCGCGUGGCGAAGCGCUUCAAGGAGGACAACGAGGCGCUGCAGCGGCAGCUCGAUGCGCAAAAGCGCGCCCACGAGGAGCGCGAGGCCCGCUGGGACGACGAGCGUCGGCUGCUCCAUGCGCGCCAGCGCGAGCUCGAGGAGCGCCUCCUGGCCGCCCAGCAGCAGCAGCGCAGUGGUGCUAGUGGCGUCCCCCCGUUGGCUCGACAGGGAUCGUCGUCGUCGUCGUCGCCAUCACCUUCCCACGGUGUUUAUGCCAGCAGGAAUGCAGACGGUGCUGGCGGCGAUGACGGCAGCAGCAGCAGCAGCAGCAAUAUUGCCUGGCGAUGGGGCAGCACGGUGCCGCCCGUCGAGAACGGCGAGGCGAGGAGUGCAAGCCGACGGAGCAGCAUCGCCAUGAGCGCCAGCUCGCCCACCAGGAGCGCCGCCGCCACCAGCCCGCCAUCCAGGAGCACCGCGAUGGGCUCAGCGAUCACCAGGGGAGGAGCGGUCCCCGCGUCGCCCACCAAGAGCCUCGGCCUGGGCGUCUCGGAGCCGUUUCGCAUCGACCGUGACUGUGGCUUCUGCACCGACCAGAGCCCUUGCCUGUGCAGCGGCGAGGCCGUGCUCGACUUCACGGGCGACGAUGGCGGUGGCGGCGACGACGAUGGCGAUGUCACAAUGCGGACGAGGGAGAUCACCGUCAAGAUCGAGGACGACGACGAGCCGCAAGCCGCUGCUUCUACACGAACAUUGCCUGCGCAGGCCUCGGCCAAGCCGCUGGGGGAGAGCAUCUUUGCUAUGCGCCGCCGCAGCAGCGCCAAUGGCAGCGGCAGCGGCAUCAACAGCAGCAGCAGUCACGGCGCCCACGCCAAAAAGCUCUGGUACACCGUCCCCGCCCAGCCGCCGUCGCAUCUGACGCGAAAGGAGGCCGUCCAGGUCUGCCCCACCUUUACCAUGACGGACCGCACCCCGUGGCACUCGGCCCGGCCCCGGCCUGUCGUCGCGCCGCAUUCACUGCCCCUGGCCCUGCGUCGCCCGCAGCAGCAGUCGCAGCAGCAGCAGCAGCAGCAGCAGCAGCAGCAUCUCACGCGGAACGGCAAGCCCAAGAUCUGGCACACGGUGCCCCUGCCCUCGCCAGCCAAUGCACCAGCCCAGUCGACGCCCUCGCCCGUCUUUCGGCUCGGUCAGACUGCCGGUGGGGCUGCUGCCCGGCCCAGAUCGGACUCGACAUCGUCGACGGCUUCCGAGGCGGCCUGCACGGGCAACCCGGCCGACUGCGAUGCAUGCAGGACCGACCCGAUCCUGGCUGCCUUUUGCGAGGCUGUGAGCAGCCACCUGAGGCAGAACGAUGAUGAUGAUGAGGACGACGACGAUGGUGACGAUGAUAAUGUUGCCAACAAGGACGGCGGAGACAAGGACAGGAGGACAAGGAGGAGCGGCGGAGGCGACGAAGAGCCAAAGACCAAGCGGACCAGAUGGACUGGUCCCGCGAUCCUCGACGUCGGCAACGCAGUGCCCCUCAAGAGCCGCAGGGUCGCUCUCCCGCUGCCGCUGCCGCCGCCACCGACGACGACAGCACACCCUCGCGGCUGUCUCCGGGCACCGUCAUCGGCUUCGGGGAGGGGCGUGGCCAGCGGCAAGCUGUGGCACCUCACCAACAACGAUGGGCCCAGCGGCGAGCAGCAGCAGGCCUCGCGACCGAUGCUUCCCCACUCGUCGCUCUCGGCACCCACCGUGGCCAGCUCGUCGUCGUACUAUUCCAGCACGUACAACAUGCGCCAGCACCAGCAGCACCACUCGCUCGCGUCGUCGUCGUCGUCGUCGUCGAGCGCCCUGCCUAUCGACACUGCAGCAUCGAGGCGCGAGUCUACAACCUCUGCUGCUGCUCCACGCCACCACGGCGACGGUCGCACGCAGCCGCAGACGCAGCCACAAAGCCAGGCCAGAGACGGCCCUCGGCGCCACGGCGAGAAUCUGAGCAUCCCGCGGGCCUUUCAGCAGAUCCGCUCCCACCCCAGCUUCCAGCAGUGGUGGUACCGCCAGCAGCGGCUCGCCUCGGCGGGCGGCGCGCCCUACGCUGUCCAGACGCCUGCCUCUGCUGCCUCUGCACUCGCUCGCCAGCAGCAGCAGCAGCAGCAGCAGUCGGCCCACGCUCUUGCUCACGCCCAAGCCCACGCCCAUGCUCAAGCACACGCGCGCCGCCGCCACGAGCGGUCGUCGGGCGGCCUCGAGCUGCUCGCCGACGUCGUCUCGCGCCGGUCGCCACGCGUCGACGACCGCCGCUCCUCCUCCAGCGACAGCCACAGACAGGCGCAGCAAGAGCAGGGGCAGGGGCCGGCGCAGGGGCAGGGGCAGGGGCAGAGACAGGGGCAGGAACAGGGCAAGCGUGUGCUCGUGCCCAUUGAGACGCUCGAGGCGGCAGCGGCGCGGCAGGGGUCUGCCAGCGGGUCCAGCACGCCGACGUCUGCGUCGGCGGGCGAUGAGCAUGGGAGGCGGCGGAAGCGGGAGAGGGAGGAAGGUGGUGGAGAGGGAGAGGGAGUGGAUGGGGAGGAGGAGGGGCAAGGAGGAGAGGGAGCAAAGGGAGAGGACGAGGAGAGACGGAGGAGGAAGAGGAAGCUGCUCUAUGUCGAGAGCAGGGCCGUCGAGGACGCACUGGCGCUGCUGGACAGCCAGCAGGACAGGGACGACGAAGACCUCGUCGACGAGAGCCAGGGCGUGGAGCAGCACGCCGACGAGCACGCAGAAGCCAAGCCGUGCUUCUGCGUGGAAGAGAAGCAGGAGCAAGGCGAGGUAGAGAUGCAAGCAUGA